UUAAUGUAACGGCAGAUUAAGAUGACCCCCUCGUGCAAGUUAAACUUACAUUGAAGUUGAAUUUCCAAGUUUAAAGAUGUUACAAAAACGAUAAUAAAUGAAGUAAACUAAACGAACGUGGACUUAACACUUUGGAUUACAUUAUUCAAUAAUGUGCUAAACAAAACAUGGCCACUCCAUUGUAUGAUCCUAAACUAUCAGGAGCCAAAUUCAAGAAUUGGAUUAAGGCUGGAUUAGGUGUGUUAUUUACCAAAGAAGGUAUUGAGCCUUUUGUUCAUGAUGAAAUAGAACAGUUCCAGCAGAAAUGUUUGAGUGACAUUUGCAACAACAAUGGACUACCUGCUGGUACCACGUGUUCUAGUUGUUGCACAGAAAAUGUUGUUGUUUGCCCCAUGAAUAGGAUUUGUAAUGCAAGACGUGGAAUAUGUAACUUCCAUAGAAAUUCUGCCACGCAAUAUCUUCCGCUUGGCUGCCCUAACAAGAUAUGUCAUAAUUUCAAAAAAGAAAUCCAACGUGUUCAUCGUUUUUACGGUCCAUCCUAUAAAAACACUGAUGCCAGCCAGUGGUGCAGCAAUCCGUGGGAAGUUGCUAAAUGCUUCAUGCCACCAGACGGAUACAAGGAUGCGACGAAUGCUGCAGAGACGGAUUUCAAUGGAAUCAUCAGUGUUAUCCUGAACUAUGAAGCAUUUCAAACGAAAAUUCACGACGACCUUUCCAAACCGUACAACAUCUUUGAACAGGGUAGAGAGGUAGGCAAAGCAGUUCGACAUUGUCCACAGUUAGAGAUGGAAGAUACAGAUCUGCAACAGUAUUUUAGUGUCUUACAGAAUUUGCUGUCAGAUCCAGCAUAUCUGUCUGCUAAUACCGAUGCGAAGAAUGCUAAAACGAAAUUAUUACAGCUUCAAAAUGAUACCUUAGUCGUUGGUAAAGACGAUGUCCGGAAAGUGCUGGAUGAUGUUGGUAAAGUAGUUCAAGAGGAAAUAAUGACUGCAAAAGAUGAUUACAAGAAGGAUGCUGAAAAGCAAAAGCAAAAACUUAUCCAAAUGACCAAAAGAUAUGUCAGUGCUAUUGACAGUCAUGGAAAAGCGUCAAUGUCUCAGCUAGAUCAAGCAUGUAAAUCUGCAGUGGAUGAAAUAGAAAAGCAAAAACAGAAAUCGGUUAAAGACGUACAAGCUGAAGGUGAAAAACAAAAAGAAGAUAUAGUUGCAGAAGGACAUACUGUUAAGAAAAAGUUAGCAGAAGUGGCUGGUCAAAAAUCUAAAAGGUUGAAAAGAGAGGCCACUAAAGGAAUUAAGACGAUGAAGGCGGAAACCAGUACUCAUGUGAAAGCAAUUGCAUCAAAAGCUGGUGAAGUUGCAGAACAAAUAGCGGGAGCCAGAGAUGAAGUAUUAGUGCAGAUUAAGAAGACUAAAACAGAAAGCAAAGAAGAUAUAUACAACAAAUUAAAAAAUGACCUGAAGGAAGAUUUGAUAGGUCUCUACAGGAAAAUGCACCAUACUCUACCUAUGUCACCUUUAAUGGAAGAAAAUGACACGCCUCUCCUUAAGUUUUACGUCAUGCCAGACAUAGAGUCAGUGGAAAUUCAGAGGACGCGUGGAGGUGGCAAAGAAAUUAGAUCAAAGGUUACGUCAUUGCAUGAUGUUUUCUACAAGAAAAAUGAACCAUGUCAUGAAAUUUACCUUACUGCGGAUGCUGGGUUUGGGAAAACAGCAUUAAGUAAACGACUGGUUUUGACGUGGUGUCAAGCCAAAAAAUGUAUUCAAAAUGAAAAGAAAUACUUUAAAGAGGGAGAUAUUAGUACAAUGUCGAAAUUUGAAUUUGUGUUUCUGUUGUCUUUACGUGAUUGUUCUGAAGAAUGGGACAUUGAUGAGAUGAUCAAAAAACAAAUAAUUCAAGAUCUAGCACACACUAUUUCAACUAGUGAUUUUGAAAACAUUCUUUCUAGGGAAAAAUGUCUGAUAAUUUUGGAUGGUUUGGACGAAUUCACACACGUAACACCUGCCUGUAAACAAGGAAAAAGUGACAUUCCACACAGGAAAGCUAGGAGGAAAUGUACAAUUCUCACAACAACUAGACCGUGGAAGUUGGGCGUUAGUAAGAUACGUUCAAGUGAAAUAGAGCGAAAGUUGGAACUUAUUGGACUUAGUAAAACGUCUGCUAAAAGUUUAAAAAGGACUGUGAUCUCACUGUUAUGUGGUAAAACUGACAUAAAAAAUCACAUUCCAGACUUUGAUCGCUCUAUCAGUGAUAGAGGUAUUUCGGAUUUGGAAACUAUUCCGCUCUUACUUAUGUAUCUUUUGUGUUUAUGGUGUGAUGGAAUAGAGCUAGGAGCAUCUAGAACUGAGUUAUAUUGUCAAUUUGUUGAACUGCUUCUUAAACGAACGUUUAAAAAAUAUCCCGACAUGCAACAGUCGCGCGAACAGUCCCAGAGUGAUAUCCCACAGUGCUUCGGUGAACAUGAACAUUGUAAGGAACACUACACAUUUCUGCAAGCUUUAGGACAAUUAGCAUUUGAAACGUUAUUCAGUGAAAACAAAUAAAACACCCUUGUGUUUAGCCAGUCAAUGACAGAGAAACAUCUAUCCCCGGAGUUUCUGAAAUUAAGUCUUGACUCGGGAAUAUUAACACAAAGCACAGAAAAGACACUAACAAAACAAAUCUCGAAAUUUUCUUUUUCACACAAAACUGUGCACGAAUUUUUUUGUGCAUUGUGCAUUAGCUGUCAAAAUGAAAGUGAUGUCAAAAACAUUGUUCGAAACAAAUGCAAAAGUUUGCAAAGUAUUCUUGAUAUGUCGACAGUGCUUGUUUUCAUCAGCGGAAUGAAUGCAGAAACCAUUUCUUCAAUAUCACAGGAAUUUCUUUCUGUUAUCAGCGAAGAUAAGACAACGAGCAAAUAUAGAUCCACGACUGAUGAGGUCUGUGAACCUCUGAAAGACAUACAAGACAUGUACAUUUCUUGUAUGAAAGAAAACACGAGCGAUAAGGAACUCAAACUUUUCUGCCAAUAUUUUUUCUUUCGUAAAGAUUGUAAAGAAGAAAAAUACUUUACAAAUUUAGCACGGCUCGCGGUAAACAAUAAAAACAACAUGGCGUCAAUACAUAUCAACACAUACAGUGGUCGUAGUUUACGUGAAAUUAUUGAUUGUUGUGAAUUGCACGAACUGUUCCAGAUCAAUAAAAUAUACUACUACGGUGAAGAAGAAAACGCAGAGCUUCCUGUACUGUUGGACAAGUCUCCGAAAUGUGUCACUGUUAAAUCGUCUGUUCUACAUGGUUCUUGGAGCCGUGAAAUGUUGGAAACAUUACAGAAUAAUUCUCUGUUACAAGCAAUUUAUAUCUCAGGUUUCGAGAUGAGCCACGAUGUACUGAAUGACUUUCUGAAUUAUAUUAUAAACAGAAAAACAAUGACGGAGAUUAGUUUGUGGCACUUACGGUGUAUCGAGCACAAGCGUUCGUGUACUUUCAGUUUAGAUUUUAGUCAGCAUUCAGAUCUAAGGAAGUUAGAAUUGUUCGAGAUACCUAAAGUGUCACAAUUGAAAGUUAAUAGUCAAGUGAAACACGUGAAGUUGUCGUGUAUCAAUCUAGGUGAAAGGUCGCUGCCUCCUGAAAUGGCGAAUAUUGAAAGUGUUUAUUUGUGGAAUGUAAACAUGUCUGCUUCAACAUUGCGUGAUCUCGUUAAGGUAGUGGAGAAACUUUCACACAAAGUCACAGUAACAAUAGAGAGGUGUGAGAUAGAACCGGAAACAGAGUUUGAACACGUUAAACAAUAUAUACACUCAUCUCAGAAUUUCCGAGUUAUACCGGAGGAUAUAGCUGGGAGUUUGUGUUUGAAACAAAAGUUGAAAGUUAAGUUACUAUAUAAACUCAGACAUAUAGUGUCAAUGUAUAUAAACAUUAUUCAUAAAACACAUAUUACACCUUUACACACAGACAUAUAACAUUUUUGUGACAUACAUAUGUGUAGAUAAUUAAAAAUAGUGACAGUCGCGUGUGGAAAAUUAAUUGUUGGAGCCAAUUCGUAGGAAAGGAUGGACGUUCUUAUACAUGGAUUAAUAUACAAGUCCAGUUUUCCUCUAUACUUCAGUUAAAUGAUCGACGCCAACACCUCAAAACCAUAGACGUACUUCCUGUAUCAAGGCUACGUAUACAUCGCCAUAUUAUACGUGAAUUUACAAAUUGCCGCAAUGCUUCUAGAACUUCCGGUGGCUUGCCUACACACACCAUAACAUACUUCAAUGGCAUGACCUCUUGUUUCCGGCCAUUGGACAACAAAAACUUGCAGGAGUAUAACCGUAUUAUACCUAGAGGUCUGUGAGAAAAACUGCUUUCAAUUAUUACUUUUCAUUACCAGAGACAAAUCAUAUUGUUUUACUUAAAUUAGUUGGUAAAGAACUGUCUUAUUUUUACUUGUCGCAAAUCGGUUUUGGAUUAAAGUUUUGUACAAAUGUA